UAGCUCCUCUCGGCCCGACCGGCGCCGCGGAUCGGGACACCGUCGAGCGACCGCGCCCGACGCGGUAAAGCCGCGCGUGUCGGCGCCACCCUUAUUUAACGCCCCGGCUUCCCGCCUCCCGGUCGUUUCAAACGGCUCCAAGUCCAAGAUGGUGCUGCCGACACGGAGCGGUGAGCCGGAGGAGGCGGAGGCGGAGAUGGACGAUCAGCGCUCGCCGCCGGUCCGCGGCGCCCGGACGAGCAGGAGCCACAGCGAGGCGGAGCGCAAGCGGCGGCAGCGCAUCAACACCCACCUCGCCACGCUCCGCAGCCUCCUCCCGUCGGCCUCCCAGAUGGACAAGGCGGCGCUGCUCGGCGAGGUUGUGCGGCACGUGCGGGAGCUGCGGGGCGACGCGGACGGCGGCGCGGUGGCCGGCGUGGCCGUGCCGGGGGAGAGCGACGAGGUGGGCGUGGAGGAGGAGCGCUGGGACGCCCGGGAGAGCGCCAAGCGCGUCCGGGCCUGGGUGUGCUGCGCCGACCGCCCGGGGCUCAUGUCCGAGCUGGGCCGCGCCGUGCGCUCCGUCAGCGCCAGGGCGGUCCGCGCGGAGAUCGCCACCGUCGGCGGGAGGACGCGGAGCGUCCUGGAGCUGGAGGCCGGGCAGGCGGCGGGCGCGUCCCGGCCGGCGCUGCACGCGGCGCUCCGCGCCGUGCUGCUCACCCGGGAGGACCAGCUGCUCGCCGUGGAGGGCUACAAGAGGCAGUGCUUCUCGGCGCUCAUCUCCCAGGGUUUAGGCAGCUAGUGACACGAUGAUGCUCUGCGCCACCAUGUUUGCUUCACAAGCGUGUAUCAACCUGUAGGAUUAGUAGGCUUAUAAGUAUAUCACAGAAUUUAGUUUGAUCUGUGUUUUCCCGUUCA